CAUAUUUUCUCAUUAACUCACACCCAAAUACCUUCUCUCUUUCUCUCUCUCUCUAAGCUUUGUGGGGACACUUCAUUCUUUCUCAUCAGUUUCAACAAAAAUGAAGCAAAAGAUAGUAAUUCGAGUAUCGAUGAAAAGGGGGCCCAAGUACCGCAGCAAAGCCUUGAAGAUUGCAGCAUCUGUCAAAGGGAGCAUUGAGACAAUUAGCUUGGUAGGAGACGAUAAAGAUAAAGUGGAGGUAGUUGGAGAUAUAGAUCCCAUAGAACUCACUGAAUUGCUACGGAAGGGUUUCGGUUCGGCGCAGUUGGAGACGGUGAACGCAGUUGAAGAUAAAGACAAAGAUAAAGAUAAAGACAAAAACAAAGACGGCGGCAUAACAUGGACAUGCUCAUGGGGAGUGCCUCAUCAUUCAUCUUAUUGCUAUUGCUACAACCUUGGCCCCUACCCUUCCUAUUCCAUACGGUGAUUUAUGGUUGGCACCAAUAAAAAUAAAAAUAAUGGUAAAACUAUUAAUAAUAUUUUUACAAAUAUACUAAAAUUUUAGAAUCUAUAAAAAAUAAAUAUUUAUGGAAGGUUUAUACGUGCAGCAUUUGGAUCUUUUCUAGGUGUAUUUAAUAAAGUUAAAAGUAUCAGUAGAGUUUCACUUCUAUUUAAUUUGUAUAUAUUACAAAUUGUAAUAAGAUUUUAAAGUCUACCUCAUAUUGCUGUUUAUUAUUAUGUAAAAUUGAAAGACAAAAGACAUGUAUUAGUUGUUAGUCAUGUAAACUAUUCAAACUUUGUUAUAUAUUAUAAAUACAAGUUUUGGAU